AUGACUGGCGAAAGGAAUGGAGUCCCAACUCUCGACCACUGGCAUUCCAACGGCAGUCCAAUUCAGAUUCAUGUGAACGACCUCUCAGAGGAUGUACAGGAAGGAACAACAGCGGAUAGCUUGACUGGAUCUAUGUGUCAAGUUCAAAACAAUUCGGUGUUUUUAAGAGUACCAGAAGUGAAAAACACUGGACAUUCCUACUCUUCGUGGAUAAAGGAAGAUGUGGAGGACGGUUUGUUCUGGUCUGAUCCGCGGUGCACGAGGAGUAGUCCCAUUCAGAUCUUUAGUCCGAUGACAAGCCAAAGACAGUCAACUGAAUGGAAUCCUUCGUCUUCAGUCAGUCUUCAUGGGCGACUGCAUUCUCACGCUAGACAGACAAGUGGAUCUGUUGACACGAGUAAGCAUUUAGAUCAGAACUUGCGUCUAGUGGGCUCAUCAGGUAGGCGUAGUCCCCUAGUUUUCAUCAACCCUAUGUUCUACUUGGAACCAAAUUGCACAAAAUGA